AUGGAACACUGCAACCACAUCGAGUUGAGGAGCGGACAAACGUUGGGAGACCCCCAAAUCACUACUCAGAAAGAACUUGGACCAGAGGAGGGGCCUAAUCAAAUUCAGGACAGGGAUGGAGAGGAGAUCACUAAGAAGCUUAUAGCAUCCCAAAAGGAAGAAGAGUUCCACCGAUUUCUGAAAAAGAUUAAAGAGAUUUACGUUGAAGUACCACUGAUAGAUGCGCUGCACCAGAUGCCGAAGUUCGUAAAAUUUUUAAAGGGAAUCUUAUCCAACAGAAGGCAAAAGGGCGACUUCGAGACCGUAGCAUUGACAGCGGGCUACAGUGCUCUUCUUAUGGUGAAUUCUCCACCAAAGCUUCAGGAUCCAAGAAGUUUCUCCAUACCGUGCAAGAUUGGUUCUGAACUCAUACCGAGAGCUUUCUGCGACCUGGGGGCUAGCGUGAGCCUACUUCCAUACUCUCUAUGCAAGAUGCUGGGCCUCCAGAACAUUAGAUUGACUACCAUGGCACUGCAAUUAGUUGACCACUCACGCAGAUAUCCAAUGGGAAUAGUGGAAGAUGUGCCAGUUGAAGUGGGUGGGUGUAUAGUUCCCACAGAUUUCAUCAUUCUGGACAUGGAGGAGGACCCCUGUUAG